UGUGUGUGUGUGUGUGUGUUUAAGAGACUCAGGCUGUGUGGUGAUAGCAUAUCUAGCCAAUACACCAGUACAGAAACUCCUCAUAAAGCUUGUGGGAAAAAAAAGAGGCAGACAUGCUUCAUUCUUUUCACAGGCGAGCCCAAGAGCACAUGCAGUGACAGUCUCUUCCAGAGGAGGCAGGAGAGGAAAGAAAGACUGUCAAUGCGUAACUCUGCUCCUCAUUGGCUGCUGCCCACUCAGCCUGUUUGCAAAGCAAUCCCUGAUUGGCUGUCACGUCACUGAGCGUUGAGCAGUUGCCGUUGCGAGGGCCAGGCUUUCCCUUCCUCUUCUCUUUCACUACCUGUAUUUUCUGAAUGUGCACAAAUUCUGAACUCUCCCUUCUGUUAGUGCUUUUUCACUAAAUAAGCGCAAGCUCUGUCAUAUCUGACACCAACUUGUUGUUCUUGCAUACAUUCUGCCGAUCAUAAAGUGACGGCGCUCUCUCACGCUUUAUUUCUCUCCCCCUCCUUUUACACUCCCUCCCUCCCUCUCUCCCUCCCUCUAUCUCUUAAUCAAGACACAGCCUGCCCUUUCCUGUGCAUUGCUGCCUGCCUCCAGCCCGCAUGCCUCCUCUACCUCUCUUUCCCUCUCUCGCUGCCUCUCGCUCAUGCACUCUCUGCCAUGCACUUUCACUCUCUCGCUCUCUCUCUCCGCUUGUCCCUCUUUUUAUCCCAGACUCGCAGGUUUGCAGUGUAAAUACUUGAGCUUCUAUGCAUUGGCUUCUACAAUUUCAUUUCUACAGUUUUCUUUAUCUGCCAGUUCAUUCAGCAUAUCGUAUCUUACAAAGAGGAACUAAAGGAGACAGUGGAGGGCUACGAUGAAAAGAAGAGACACAGGAGAAACAGGAGGGACAAGAAUGCGACUCAAGUAGAAGGCAGUGGACGCGCAUCACCACAAAGUGCCUGGAUGUGCUGGAUGCUGCAGCAGCCUCGUGCCGGCGCAUGCUUUUCCCCACGCUGCUGUUCCCCGCAGACCUGACUGCUUGCCUGUGUAAGUGUAUCUGUGAUUGUGCUUGGCCUUGACUCGGGCUAUAUUUCACUCUGACAGGCAAACAGUCAAUCGGCCCAUUUGCUGUUCCUCGAUCCCAGGUCUCCCCCCACCUCGCUCGCAAUAUCAUCCUGUUAAUACAAGGACAGUCUAUUAGUUUCUUCUUUUGUACCCAACACGCCUCACUUUAGUCACGAAGCCUUUUCUUCAUCUUCUGUUGUCUGGAAAUAUGAGCAUCUUUAGAAAACAUUAAUGUUGCAGCAGCAGGACGGUGGCCUUUAGGAAUCCGAAGGUGGGAAAAGUGGAUAAAGGGUGGUUUUAUGAGACGGGACGGCCACUGCAGCCCAGAAGAACGUGUCUGUCUGCACUUUUAGUGCCUCAGUCUGAGUGAAGCGGUCAAGAAGCCAUUGCAGCAUGCCUGAGUGACCUGCUCUGCCUCAGCAUCCUUCUCCUGGACACGCCUGCUCUUUGCUCUGCUAUCCAGCUCAUAUGGAACACACAGAGUCCUAGAUUCUUCACUGUUGUUUUUCUUAACAGUUUUUGCCAUUCUAUCUGAACAUUAGAGCAUGUCCCUUUCCUUUUACCAGAGACUGAGUGUUUUUUGUGCUGUGGCACAGUGAUUUUUGUCCUGCUACGUGCGCUUUUGACCUUCUUACCCCCAGACGACCUUUAACUCGACCCUAACCACCCACUCAUUAUGGCCGUCAACGUUGCUUUAGGCCGGGACACCAAGUGGCUGACGCUAGAGGUGUGUCGCGAGUUCCAGCGAGGCUCGUGCUCGCGUUCUGACACGGAGUGCAAGUUUGCUCACCCCUCUCGCACCUGCCAUGUGGAGAACGGCCGCGUCAUUGCCUGCUUCGACUCUCUCAAGGGCCGCUGCACACGUGAUAACUGUAAGUACCUGCACCCCCCGCCACACCUGAAGACCCAGCUAGAAAUCAAUGGCCGGAAUAACCUGAUCCAGCAGAAGGCGGCAGCUGCCAUGUUAGCUCAGCAGGUGCAGUUCAUGCUGCCUGGAGCCCAGCUACAGCCCAUAACCACAUUCCCAGUAUCACCCUCAUUGGCCACCAGUCAGAGUAUGGCAUUAAAUCCAUACAUGGGCCACAUGAGCCCUGGCAUCGGCCUCAUGCCCGAGCUGCUGCCCAGCACCCCCGUGCUGGUCCCGGGGAGCCCCACGGGCAUCACUGUGGGCAACGGACACUCCGCUCAGAAGCAUGUUCGCACAGACAAGCUUGAGGUGUGCCGUGAGUUCCAGCGGGGCAACUGUACACGGGGUGAGAACGAGUGCCGCUACGCUCACCCAGUAGAGGCGGGCAUGGUGGAUGGCAGUGAGAACUCGGUCAUCGUGUGCAUGGACUACGUCAAGGGCCGCUGCUCACGCGACAAGUGCAAGUACUUCCACCCACCGGCACACCUGCAGGCCAGGAUUAAAGCAGCACAGCAGCAGCAGGCCAGCCAGAGUGCAGCUGCUACAGCAGCAGCAGCCAUGCCUGCAGCGCGUCCUCUGAAGCGCAACCUGCAGUCAACCCCUGACCUGGCCCUGCCUCCAGGCAGCAUGCAGCAGCUACCAAAGAGGCCCACCCUGGAGAAGACUAACGGCGCUGCAGCCGUCUUCAAUCCCAGCAUGUUCCACUACCAGCAAGCUCUGGCCAGCAUGCAGCUGCAGCAGCCGGCCUUUAUCCCCACAGGUUCUCUGCUCUGCAUGGCUCCAUCUGGAGGCAUUGGGCUUUUCAAACCGCCCGGCCCACUGGCAGAGGGCCGCUGGGAGAGGCGGGAUUGGAGCAGCUGCCGGCCCCCCCACAGCCGCUACCUAUCAGGGCCCGGACAGACUGUUCCCAUGAUGCACGGUGCCACCACUUCCACUGUUUCGUCGGCUACGACCCCAGUCACCAAUGUUCCUUUUGCCGAAUCAGCUGCCUCCAAUCAGACCCCACCGAGGUACUGACUGCUGACCCUGUCGACCUCCACUGCAUUCCUGUGGAAACACACCUCUGUCCAAUCCCCAAACUGCUGGUGGCGGCACCGGUGAGCCUGAACUCAGUAAGCCUCGGCCGCAAUCUCAGUUAACACACCACUAUCGCCAUCCCCAAAUCCAACCACACCAUAGAGACAUGAAUGCAACAAACGUGUGCCUAAUCAUUGCGUCCUGCAAGGACAACCCUUUCAUCCUCUUAUUUGAUGCCCCACGUCAACAAAAGUCAACAAAAAAUGGUUUGUUGAUGCUAAAACAGGCAAUAUUUAAGCUAGGACCUUCAGCUGUUUAAGGAAGUGUGCCAUGAUGCAAGGAGACUUAAGAAGCAUGUAGAUGCUGAAUCUGAGCGCUCCUUUGAAUUCACAGCCAUACAAGUACACAGAUUUGUAGACAUGCACACACACACACAAUACACACACACACACACACACACACACACAAAGUUGAGAACAGUGCAUCCUCCUCAGAUGAGAGUGAGGUCUCAGACCCGGAUUAAUCCAGUGCAAGCAGUGAAGCUGAGGCUUGAUGUCACCUGACAGCACACAUUGAUUCUGCAAAAGCUUGUGCAGAGAACACAGGAGUGUAAUGUACACAGGGCUUAGAUCAGAGAUGGGAGUGUAUGAGAGCUUUAGUGAAAGCACUUUUUAAACUUUACAUGGGUUUUUCUUUUAGUCGCAGACAUUUACACAUUAUUGUCCACAUAACUUGUUAGUCAAAAGGUUGCCGAUGUUCAUUAGAUGUCCCUGACCUAGAAUUCACACCAGAUGCGACACUUAAGUAACACGUCCGUAUAGCAUAAGUGUGUACGUCUAGUCCACACCGCAAUACUGCACUUUAUUCUUAACAAGGAGUGAAUGCGUAGACAUACAACAGUGUCAAAGGGACAUGGGAGUGGGCCACCUGUAAUUACAGCACAGUUCACUUGAAAACAUGACGUUAGACAGUGGGACCGUGAUUAGCAUUUUUGUGUUUAUUCUGGUUGAUGUAUCAUUGCUAUACAGAACUUGUGCAGGCUACACAAUCAUAACACUGUUGUAGAUGAUACAGCAAAUGGAAGUGUGUGUAAUUUGAAUGGAAUCAGUCAGACACACAAGUAAAAAAGAAACAGACAUGGCACGUAUUUAAAAAAAAAAAAAAAGAACGUGAGACAUGCAACUAAAAUGUAUUAAAAACGCAUUUGGUAUGAAAUGGCCUUGUUAUUCAAACCACUGGCCUAUCUCUUAGCACAGACUAAAACAAAUUCAGCAUACAUGUGUACCAUUUAAAAGCAAGCAUGUCAUUCUACAUACCAAUCCAAUUUUUCUACCAUUAGCGAGUGAUUGGUGGAGGGGUGUUAUUUAUUUAAGCCUAAUCCUAACAAGCUGCAAUUGGCUGAUGAGGGGAAGUGUAAUUUUUUCCAUGCCUGGACAUACCACAGAUUUGUUUACGUGAAACAUUCAGACUGAGGUUAGGUAGAUUCCUGCGUGAAUACCUCCAUUUUCUUAAUGCAAUCCGCCUUAAGCAGAAGUGUCAGUGUACCCGCAUGUCUUAUUGUGCAUGAUGAUGUACACUGAUCUGCAGGGUCUGAUUACAGCCCUAUAGCCAGCGCUGCACAGGAGGUCUGAUAGAUGACUAGCUCAGGAUGAGUCGGAUCACCAUACUGUGAUAGGCAGUGCCAGCACAGCAGCUGUGGCCUUCGAUUGGAGCGGCGCCAUUUCAAAGCCCAACUGUUCCUCUGUAGUCAGCAACGUCAGUGCGUAUUACUCAUCUCCUGUAACCUAGUGCUUUUUUUUUUCUCAUUUCUGUUUCCACUGAUCUGUAAGUUUGACUUGGAUUAUCAGAGACAUUGCGAUAUAUUAGGGUCUGCCACCAUCUCUGCUUCUGUCUUUCCUUAUAGCUUGGACAGUCCCUGCCAAAAUCCAUGGCCCAGUCCCUCCUACUGUGUGACAGUCUGUUUGUCUGUGCUUAUUGCUUAGCCCUGUUUGUUACAUCUCACAGUAACACAAGAUCUUGGAACUGUCCAUGCUGUGAUAUUCGCAGUGUGACAGAAACCAAAGCUACACUUCUAGAGUUUUCAUAGAGCCUUUUUUUUUUAUUUGGAGCUAAUGUGCAAGUCUUAACAAUGUCUUAACAAUAUACACAGUGUAAGGUGCAAAUGUAAUUAAGAACACAAUGAAUGUAGUUGAACGCUCCCAGAAUAAAUCAUAGUGUGGGAAUCGGAGAGAAAUAAAUAUACAGAGUCCACUCGCACAGAAUACGGAUGUUUACGGUAAUCCCACUGUCCUGUUAAAUUACUAAUGGCAGCAGUACACUUUUAAACAAGUGUACUGCUUUAUGUGCCAAUGACUCCCAGAGCUGGCUCACUCGGCGCCAAUCACUGGAAAAAAGGAGUAGAGUUAUUACAUGCCAAGGCCCAAAAAGCAGACUGAUUGAAAAUGUUAUUUUCCCUACAGCUAAUGCAGUCAUUAAUGCUGGGCUUUCAUUCAGGCUUUCAAUCUUUCCUAAUUCACCUCAUACUGCUGUACCAUAUGAGUGGAGCUCCUGUAGCUUACUUACAGUGUGUGGACUAAAGGCCAUUUCUGAUCUGAUCUACAGAGAAAUCUUUUAUAAGCUUUAAUUGGAGUAGAUCCUUGUUUUGAAAGAACAAAUACAGUGAUGUAAGAUAAAGCACCAACUGAGGCCUGCAACAUUUUUUUGUAAUAGUAGUGCAUGUGUUUACCUUCUUUUGUUUUGUUUUUUUUCAACUUCGCAGCUCGCUGAUUUAAUCAGGAUUAAGUUGUUGUGUAUUAUGUUUGUGAAAUGUGUGUCUAUUUAAUCCAGCUUACAGAUUGACCACUUAUUGUGUCCUUAUGUUCAAAAGUCGACAGACUCUAAAAAAAAAAAAAAAAAAAAAAAACAGGGCAAAGCUGACUGUCAGCCAUAUGAGCGGUUCAUUUCACGUUGUACUAAAAGCAGUAAUUCUGCAGGAGAAAAGUGCCGAGGUGUAGAGGCGGGGGAUCGGCUGUAGCCGGGGUACUGAUGAACCUCACUUACAAAUGUUGCCAGGAAAGGGCCUUAUAUACAUUUGAAUGUGACAUUUAGGACAAAGAAGAAUGUCAUUAAAGCUUGAGGAUGCCUGUCUCACCUUUUUCCUCCUGAAACAAACCACAACAUAUUUCAACAUAUCAAAGGAGUAAAAUUCUCCAAAUGCCAUUCACUGUUGAUGUACUAUAGAAACAAGAUUCUAUCUAAGAGACUUGUCAAGGACCUUGUCAAGUUGUUGCUGUCGUCCUUACAUGAAACAGCUGUGCUGUUUUGUACAGAUAGCCACACUGAGGAGCAAAUUUCGAUGGUCAAACACUGCACCUAUUAUAAAAAGAGGACCUCUUUGGAAAUAGUGUAUUUGUGAGGUUUUAUUUUGUCUAGAGGAGACUCUCCAGGCCAAACGCUCAGGGCCUGUUUUCUAAAUGUAAAUUAAGGUUAACCCAAGACUAAAACUGAUUGUCAAUUUUAAUGCUCACUGACAAUUUCAUUUAGUCUUCAACAUCUUAAAGCCUUGGAAAACUGGCUCAGAAGAAUGUUAUGCUUUAUUACAGUGAUAUAACAAAAUAAGCAUGAAGUGCUCAAAUUCAAUAGAGUAAACCGAGGUCAAAUGCAAAAUCAACAAGACAAUAUACUGUGUUAUUGGAGUUUCUGUGUUGUACACAAUUUAUAAAAUGUUAAGGUGUGGGUGUGUGUAAAUGUUGGCCGUUAAAUUGUUUAAGAGUGUACUAAGCUGUUUGAUUUGUAUAAUGGAUUUUUUCUUGUAGUUGGGCGAGUCUCAUUGCCUAGCCAAGGUAUAGAUCUCUCUCUCUCUCUCUCUCUCUCUCUCUCUCUAUCACUUAUUUCUCUCAUAUCAAGAGUUAUGCCUUCUCCAACUGCUAUCCAGCUGGAAUUAACAAAAUACUUGAUUAAGGAAAAAAACAUGCCUCGUUUGGGGCUUUAGCAUUUUAAGAACACUCACUUUUUAAGAAGUGUGUAUUCAUGUGUAAUGUAGUUAGAUAAUCUUAUAUGUACAUAUUACUAGUGCAUCCUUGCUAUAGUUUUGUCAUCAUUAAGGUCACGUGACCUUAAUAUCAUUUUUAAUGGUACUUAUUUUAUCUGUAUUUCCACAUGUUAAGUAAAUUUAUUGUGAGUUUUACAUUUUGAAAAUGAACAUAUUUUAGUUAACUUGAUCAUUAAUGAUUUCUUAUCAGUUACUUAUUCUACAGCAUAAACUCUCAUUGCAUGAAAUGGAAAUAAUCUGAAUAAUCUGAUACAUAGUUUGUGUAGUUAGCAGUAAAUAAAAAAAAAAAAAAGAAAUAUCUCUAUAUAUAAAUAUUAAUCUAUAUACACACUUGUAUUACAAUGAUCAAUUCAUUGUAACUUGAUAGUAAGUUGUUGUUGCUAUGGCAACAAAACUACAACAUGGCUACCUUUGUGAAUCUUAAUUGUGAAUUUUUUUCACACUUCAAUUGAAUUAAUGUACAAGGUUAACUUAUUCUGAAAGGGAAUGUGUAGAUAUCUUACCUUGGAUUAAGAAAUGAUGCCUAUUUUGUACAAAAAAGAUUCCUCAAUUCCAAAGUCCAUUUGGAGAUGUCAUGUUAUUUGUUUUUUGGGGUUUUUUUUUAAAUUAUUUCUUAUUUUUCUAACAGGAUAGUUGUCUGCUUGAGAUAAAUGACUAAAAAUAUGAGUCUGAUGAGUCAGUGUUUGAGCUUUAGAACGGACCUGUUGGAUCAAUAGCUAAAAGAAAAACUUGAUAACCUCUGAUGAUUGAAAGAGAUAUUCUGGUGCAAAACCGUGUCUUCAGGUGGGGAAUCAUUAAAAAAAAAAGGGGGGGGGGGGGGGGGGGGCUGUCUGGACUGGUAGACACCAGAAAGGAGCUUGCAGAUGGACUCGUUUUGAUGAUGAGUGCUUGAAUCUUUAACUCGAUGAUGUCAGGAGCAGAACGAGAUGUAGGGCGUAGUAAGCUAGAACUUGAACCUCCUGGUAACGUCUCAUUUCUCUCCCUGUGCUCUCUAGCCAGCCUUUAGCCCAGCUGUGCUGGGACCUGCUGUGCCCCCAUCAGUGUACGAAUGUGUGUCCUUCACCUCGUUUGCACUUAUGUACAUAAAUGAGUGAAAAUAUUCAGAAUUUAUUUUGAAUAUGCAUAGAUAAAUACAAAUAUAUAGAAAUAUAUAUUGAAAAACCUGUUCAAAUGAAAUGACUGUAUUGUUCGGAAUACAGGUAAACAUCUGUCCUUCUACUAGGUUGUUCAAGAAAUGCGAGGGAUUCGUUGUAUGUUCUUUUUUGCUAAUGCCCUUGUUCGCACCAUGAGCAUGUUGUUGCUUGCUGAUAAAAUAGAUGAAAAGGAAAAGAUGCUUUAUAGUUUGUCAUAGUUUACAAAAAUAAGCAUAUUACACAGAGCACAGAGGCUGUUUAUAUCUGAUCCUAAACUGUGUUGGUGGUGUUUGGAAAGAAGCAUGGCCCCUAAAUUGUAUGCAGGUGAUGCAUUGCAUCCAAGAAACCAAAGAAUAAAUAGCUCACUCGUCUUUCUGUUUAUUUCUUUAUUCGUUGUGAAUUGACGAUUUAGUGUCAGAUAUUCUGCUGUGCUUAUUACUAUUAUUAUUAUUAUUAUUAUUAUUAUUAUUUAAUGUCUUCAUGGAUCUAAGAGCUGAAAAGAAAUGGGAUUCAAAAUGGAUCUGCUUGGGAUUUUAGCUCAUGUGAGAUCUGUACUGGUGAUGUUCUGCCCCCUGCAGAUGGCAAACGGUAUAACAGACAGCGAAACCCUUUUUCCUGCCUGUAAGGAGGGCUGACCAUCAUCCAAAUACAGGACACACCACCAACAUCAGGGUCAGAUUACAGCAGGAAAGCAUUGCAACUGGUUAUAAGGAGUUUAAGUUACAUUUCUGUAUUUGGUUUCCUCUCAGUGUUCAAACACUCACACAUUCCCAAAAACUGAUCAAUAAUUCUAAAUAUCUCAGUGCAUUUCCUCAAGACAAAUCCUAUUAACACAGUGAAACCUGGAGAUAUCUUGUACAUUCUGUGGUCCACAGUUGCUUUGGAAGCCAAGAAUUUUGUUGCCAUGGCACUUGUCCUAGUAGUGAGGGAGAGACUGAGUCUUUGUAGGUUCCUGCAUAUCGAUGCACCUUUGGACCACAUUCACAUGGUCCCAAACCUUCUGACUAUAAAGUGGACUCAGCACAGAGUUUGAUAUCUUUAAGUCCUGAUUUACAGAACAUGCAGAAAACGAAUGCAAUCAAAAGGACACUUUUGACCACUGUGCAUAUUAGAAGAAGAAGAAAAAAAAAAAACAACUAACACCCUUCUGCUGUCCACC